AUGUCUACCUCCUCAGGUACCCCCGAAUCUUGGAUCUCUUCCUUCUGCGGCCUCCUCGGCCACGAAUACUUUGCCGAAGUUUCAGAAGAUUUUAUUGAAGACGACUUCAAUCUCACCGGCCUUCAAAAUCAAGUUCCCAUGUACAAAGAAGCGUUAGAAAUGAUACUAGACGUGGAACCAGAAGAAGACGAGGAGGAAGAAGAGGAAGAAGAAGAGGAGGAAGAUGAGGACGAGGACGAGGAAAAUGACGUUGAGAUGCGAGAUGAAAACGGCAACAGUGUGCCUUACAGGAGAGGUGCUGAACGCCGGCAUAUGAAAGUUGCCAACGACAUUACCGAAAUAGAAAGCAGCGCAGAGCUCCUCUACGGUCUUAUUCACCAACGUUACAUAACAUCUAGGCCCGGCAUACAACAGAUGGCAGACAAAUACGAGCUUCAGCACUUUGGAUCCUGCCCACGCGUCUUUUGCAAUCAAGCCCGUGUCCUUCCCGUCGGCUGCAAUGACAUACCGGGCCAAGAAACUGUGAAGCUCUUCUGCCCCUCUUGCCUGGACGUCUACACGCCCCCAAACAGCCGGUUCCAAUCUGUCGACGGUGCCUUCUUCGGAACCACAUUCGGUUGUCUCUUCUUUAUGACUUUCCCCGAGUUUGACGUCUCCGCCAAAGGCGAUCCACUGAACCUCGCCGCUACACAUCCCGCCUAUGCACCUCCUUCACCCACUUCGCAAGCAGCCACAAAUUCUGCCGCAGCAGAAACAACAAAACACUCGCGUUCUUCCUCGUUGACUUCUACUCCUGUCACAGCCACUUUAAAUCCUACAACACUCUCAUCCAUCACACCAGAACCUUUACCAGUACAGCCGAGCCAUUUGAAUGGAAUCGCUACGUCUAACCUCGCGCCUGGCUUAGGCCCUGGAAGGAUACACGAACCGCGCAUCUACGGCUUCCGAGUCAGUGAAAGGUCGAAGACCGGUCCAAGGAUGAAGUGGCUAAGAAUGAGGCCAGCGGACAUGAAUGAACUAGACGAGUCGAGAAAAUGGCAUGAGCUUUAUGGUGGUACGGAGGACGAUGUACAGAUUGGAGGAGGCGGAGAGAAUGGGGGAGCACAAGUGGAGGUCCCGAGUGGGAGGAGGAAGAAGGCGGCGAGGAGUCGAAAGAGAGGGGUUGGCGUGACAGAUCCAGGGGCCGUAAAUGGGGGUGGAGUGGAGGCGAUCUGA